UUAAUCGUAGUAAAAGUCUUAAGAAAUAAGAUAUGAAUAUAAAAAAGUUGUAAUGUAAUUAUUUGCCAUCAACUAUAGCAUAGUUUUUAUAAAUCAUUUUGGAGUUAGUGAUAUUUGCAAGUGACUUAAACAGUUUAUUUAAAAUGUUACUUUAAUGACUCUUGGGUCUUUCUCCACCUCCACCCUUCACGUUCUCAACUCAUAACAAAACGUCGCCAAAUUCCUUUGGUUUUCGUUGUCUGUAUUGAGUAAAUUUAAGGGACACACUACAGGAUCAAAUCGGACGAAGCUAUAACAAUAUAACCAUAUAGCCGACAAGCAGAAGUUUGAGAUGAGAAAUAAGAAAGAAACUUAAUCCCGAGGGAUGUAAAAGACUGAAAAGGAGAGCGAAGAUACAAGGAGGGCGCGUAACGGGACAGCCCGGAAAAGAUUUGUUGUAAACCCAAGGAAAACCAUGGGAACGUGUGGUUACUGACGAAUAACUACCAACGCAACACAUUUCUUCAAGGACAGAUAGAGGCCUUGUGCCACACAUAUUUUAGGGAAAUUGGGAAUGGAUGGAGAGAAAGAAAAAGAACGGGAGAGAGGAGAUGAAAAAGAGUGUGAUGAGGCAGAGGAGGAUGCAGAGGGGGCAAGUUUGGUCUGGCAAGAGACAUACCCAGAUGAUGACCUAGGCUUACCCAUAAUGCACUGGGAGGAUCUUGGUCUUCGCAUUGCUGAACUUGAGAAGCAGCAGGAGGAGAGAAGACACAGGGAAAAGGAUUUAGACAGGCUGACAGUACAAUGGCCAGAAAUCAGGGGGCUGAGCAGUCACAGGGAGACUUAUGACGACAUGGGGGAUGAUUGCAACAGUCGUCUGACUGCUCUAACGUCAAGGCUUCAGAGCCAAAUGAAUCUACAGCUCUGUUUCAUCAACAACAGUGAAAGUGAGGAGGAAGAAGAGGAAAUGGAGGCAAAGAAAGAGGUGCCAAAACAAUCCAGUAAGAGUGGAAACAAGCAGAGGUUAGAAAGGCAGCAAGGUUCCAACUCUACAUCAACUAAGAAAACCAAAUCAAGAGGAUUCAAGAAUGAUGUCAGAGCGGCACUCAGUGUGCUCAAACACAAGUUCAGCCUGGAGCAAAAACAGACCAUACCUCCCAGUGAGGCUGUCAGAGACAGGAAGCAACAUGAGCGAAGUGACUUGAAGAACUUGAGCUUGAAGAAGUUGAAAGCAUUAAGGACCUCACAAAGCAAAGACAUUCAAGACCUCAGUUCAGAGCUGGUGGCUCGACUUCUCACAAGGGACCAGCUGAGGACAGAGCAGGAUGCCCUGCUACUGGAGGUACAAGAUAUGACAUCACUCUGAUGUACAGUCAGAAGGAGAAAAAAUAAAAGGACAUUCGUGUACAAGACCUGCAAACUGUCCAUGAGCUACCUAAACUAAUAGACUUCGUUGUGAAAAGCAACAAUGCUCGAAAAACACACGACAGAAGACUUGUGGUUUGAAUUUUUAUUCAAUUUUUUUGCUGUGUGAAGGCACAGAUGAGACAGGGAGAACUAUUCCAAAUCGAAUUGUUGUUUUUAAACAAUAAUUGUCCUUUUUACGACUUUACACAUUUUUUGUAGUCACAGUUUAUUUGAUUGUUUGUUGAAGCUGUAGUUUAAAGCGGCCAUAACACACUGGGUUUCUGCCAAUCUCAUUAAUCUUGCUCUCAAACAUAAUUUAGUUUGAUCACAUCUAUAAAAGAUAGAUACAGCUCUACGAUUACUCCCGAAAUCAUGUGCGGGGGGAGGGUAGGCUGAACUAAAGCAAAGCUGAACAGAACACAGACAUCAGUCUCACUCACAGCAUGCGGUUCUUGUCCGGCAUCUUUAAGCACGUGGACGGCUCCAUGUAUCAGUUUCAAACGAUCUCCAAAUCCAGCGUUAUAUCCACCGUUUAUAUAACAUUCAUCACCCAAAUGCAGUGAACAAACAAACACCUGAACUUUGCGAUCAUAUGCUCUCUCUCCUCCACACAAUUUCAAUUCAAGUUUAUUUAUAUAGCGCUUUUCACAAUGUGCAUUGUUCCAAAGCAGCUUUACAGGGGCAAACAGGAAAAACACAGCACAGUACAUGGUGUUUAUAGAACAAGCAAGAUCAUUCUAAUAAAUAAUAUCUAAUUAAUAAAUAAUAACUAACUAUUUAAUAAAUCAAUGCAGUCUCCCGGUGAGCAAGCAAACACUGCCCUGCUGUGGCGAGGAACCCAAAACUCCAAUGAUUGAUUAAUGGAGAAAAAAAAGCGGGAGAAACGAGGCUCAGCCGGGAGGGCCAGAUCCCCUCUGACGUGUCAUAGCUGCACUCAGUGACCCCGACCGAAAGCCACCGAGCAAGUGAAAGUGACGUCUGGGCAUGCUCCUUCACAUGCUCUGGGCGUGCUGCAUGCUUUCCCGACAGAAUUGUCCAAUACGGGACUAAGAAAGUUGUUACAAAAGUUGUUUUAUAUGAUCGAAAAAAACUUUCAGAAACCUGUAAGAUCACUGGGGGAGUGUAUCCAGCACAGAAAUACUACUUAAUACGCCCAACUCUUUUUUUGACAAGUUGACCAUGUUAAGCAUGAUAACACGGCACAUUUAACAUUGUAAAAAAAGUCAGAAUGCAUGACACAUCAUUUCAGCACCCCUUUAAUUAAUAGCAGUUAACAUUAGCACAAUUAUUAUGUCAAACAGAUUAAUUUACAGUUACAGCACUAUAUCGCUGAUGUAAACCUGAAACCUUGAUUCCCCAAAUUUCGUGAUUUUUUUUGCCAUAAACCAUUAUUAUUGGUCCGCCUUUAUGUUUGCCACUGGGUUUUGCAGAAAUCUAAAAAAAACUGUGAAUUUGGACAUUCAAGGUUUAGAAAGGAAAGUGACGAUAUGCAUCAAUGGACCAUUUAUGAUGUGCCAUAUAUGUAGUGCCUUUACCAAACAUUUUUGAUUGGCAUAGCAAAUUAUAUCAAGUUUUCAUUGAAUGUUAAAUGCAAAUAAAAUAAAGUACAGGUUACUAUUACAUACUAUUUGGGAAAAUAUAAGGUAUGUGUUUAAAUAUUACACUGCCAAGCAACUCAUGACUGGAUUGUUACUGAUUGUCAAAGACUAAAAUAUGUUGUUUUGAGGAAUAAAAGGGAUUUGAAUAAGGA